AUGCUGGGCUACUUCAGCUUGAUCGGUCUGCUGCGUCUGCACUCCAUUCUGGGCGAUCAUCAUCUUGCCAUUAAGGUUCUCGAGAACAUUGACCUCAACCGUCAACAGCUGCAGAGCAUGGCCAUUUCUCGUGUUUUGGCCUGCCAAGUGACCACUUUCUACUACGUUGGCUUUGCGUACAUGAUGAUGCGACGUUACUCUGACGCCAUUCGAACCUACUCUAACAUCCUCGUUUACUUGCAACGAACCAAACCAAUCUACCACUAUCGCACCUUUCAGAUUGAACUGAUCGAAAAGCAAACCGAUCAGAUUUACAAGCUCCUUGCCAUCUGUUUGGCCUUGCAUCCUCAACGAAUUGAUGAAAGUAUUCUCUCGCAACUAAAUGAAAAGAUGCACGACUCCUUCAUUAAGUUGCAGUCUGGCGACAUUAAGGAAUUUGAAAGUGUCUUUCGACAGGCCUGCCCAAAGAUUAUUUCUUUCAUUCCGGGAAACAAGUCUUACAAACAUCAGAUCACCAUUUUCUUGGAAGAAGUUGAGCAGCAGCACAAGUUGCUGGAAAUCCGUAGCUUCCUCAAGUUUUACACCACCAUGCCGAUUGCUAAACUUGCCGAGUUUAUGGAAAUUGAGCCCAAAGAGUUCAACCGGUACUUGCUAUGCUUCAAGCAUAAGAUGCAAAACUUUGCUGCUCUCAAAUCACCGGAGAACGCUAAGCAAGCGGAGAGUGAAAUUCAAUCCGGAUCUGAUGUCGAUUUCUACAUUGAUAAGGACAUGAUUCACAUUGCUGACACAAAGGUGGCACCUCGUUACGGAGAUUACUUCCUUCGUCAGAUCUAUCGAUUCGAUGAACUUUAUCGAGUUGUGAGCAACAUCUCUGUUUAA